AUGGAGGAAAUGGGGAGUUUCGUUCUUAAUCAGUGGAAUUGGUUGGUGAUGGAGGAAAGGAAGGAUAUUGUUGGAGCAGCUAUGGGGCAAUUAAGGGAGCUGGAGGAACUUCUGGUGGAAGUUUCUCCGAAGGUGCGGGAGAUGAAUGUGUUUAAAUGGCUUAGUGAUGGCAAAUAUACGGUUUCAUCUGAUUAUAAAGUUUUUGUAACAUCCUUCAUUGUUUUUCCACAGGUCGUGGUUAAUAUGGCAAUAGUAGAUAAUGUUUGGAACACUUUGGUUCGGUCUAAAAUUCAAGUUUUUGGGUGGAGGGCGAUACGUGAUAGGCUCCCUACUAGGGAGCAAUUAGCAAAGAGAGGUAUUAUUACAGAGGAUAUUGACAAAGUGUGUGUGUUCCGCUCGCUUUCGAUAGAAUCUUUGAGUCACCUUAUGGUUGACUGCAUUUUUACAAGAGCUGUUUGGCAGAAAGUGGCUUUGUGGGUGGGUUUGAUAAUGGAUAAUCAUUCUGAUAUGGUGGACCAUGUGUCUGCUUUCUACAACAGUCUGGAUGAUUUGGUGGGGAAUAGGAAAAGAUUGGUGGUUUGGCUGGCGACAUGUUGGGCCAUUUGGUGGAUGAGAAAUGAAAUAAUUUUCAAUGCAAAGGUCUUUUAUGAAGAGGAUAUGAUGAACAAGGCAAUCUUACUCUCUUGGAUUUGGAAUGUAUUAGGGUCUAAGGCAAAAUGCAAUUGUAGCUUCUAUCUGAGGAACCAUAGUCCAUUGGAAUUCCUAAUAUUAUAUUGA